GUUUUCGAUCCCAUUAUCUUCGGCUCUCUUGUCUGAAAAAUAUUUUUGUACUUCUCUCUCAAACUUUCUCGUCUGCUCACAAUUCAUAAAGUGAUUUUCAUCACUCGUCGUCGUCGUCUGAGAGAGUUUCAGAGUUUCGUAGUGUGAGAAGCAUUCUAUGUCGUCGUUUUGAAGCUUUGGAGAAUUUGUGCGUGUGUAUGUAUAUAAGUACGUGUCUGUGUGUGAAAGUGAGUGUAAGAGACAGUUUGAUCGUGAAGGAGACGACGCCGUAAGUUACACGCUCUUGAAUAACCCUAACACUCUUCUCUCAGAUCACACCGUGAUUGCAAAGAGAUGCUCCAAUUGAGACUGAGGUAAACUGGAGCUACGCAUUGCCUUCUAAGCGCAUCAAGUUUGUGUUUAAGCAGAGUUGUGUGACAAUGAAGUGGUCCGGUCCAUCAUGAUUUCUUUUGGGGACAUCACUAUUUUCAAUAGAAAAUAAUUAACAAGUCAAUAUUGUUGUCAUUGCAUAAUUAAUGCCUGGUAACGAAAUUGAAGACAAGAUCCGCAUCAUAUACGAACUAGAAAAAGUUUCCCUGGGUCAGCAUCGUUCCCAACCUGUAGAUGACAGCCAAUCGGUGCCUCUUUAUGAUCAGUGGCUUGAAAAACAGAGACAAAGCUUCAAUCUGAAGAACUCUACUGUGCAACAAUUUGAUUCUUUCAGAGGUCAUGGAAGUGAAUCUUUUAGUCCUUUUAAACAAAACUAUGCACAAUCAACUCAAAGACCUGACUUUUAUAGUAGUGAAUCAAUCAACCACGAGCUAAAUACAUAUGGCUUUAUGCAUGAACAACAGAAUUUCCAGGCAAAGCAGAAUCAGUUGGACUUUUGGGGGGACAGCACAGGUGUUAUUCCACAUAAUUUAAUGUCAAGGGGUUUAUCUGUCCUUAAGUCUCAGCCAGAAUAUGCACCAGUGGACAGUCCCACCCUGACAACUAAUUCAGAAAGGUCUGAAAUGACAGAUGCUUCCACGGAGUUUAACUUCGUUGGAGGCCAGCAACAUGUAAGUGGCCAGCAACCAGGUAUUCUUCAACCUACCCCAAUGCAGCAGUCUGGGUAUAAUGACGCACAGUUGUUACAGCAACAGGUAAUGUUAAAAAAACUCCAAGAACUUCAGAGGCGGCAGCAACUUCAGCAAUUUGGUGAUGCAAGGCAACUGAACUCUCUACAUCAACACUCUCCACUCACAAAGCAGGCUUCCGGAGUUCAGUAUUCAACACUCAUUAAUGGAACACCGGUUAAUGAUGCUUCACAAAUGUAUAUGAAUUGGGUGCAGCGGGGUGCUUCUCCAUCAGCACAAGGUAUGUCUAACAGGGCUGUUUUUCCACAAGAGCAAGGUCAGAAUCUGCGUUCAAUGCCUGUGGUUUCUCAGCAGUUUGAUGUUUCAUUUUAUGGUACUCCUGUAACUAGUGCAAGAGGUGCAACGAACCAUUAUUCCCAUGUCCAGGGGAUGCCACACGAUUCUUCCAAUUUGUUAAACAAGGUCAGUGGCCAAUCACAAAAACCUGUUGUUCAAUUGACAGCAGGCAGUAAUCCCUUUAUAGGUGAUCAAUGUAAUUUUUCACCAGACCAGGUUAUAUCCAAAAGUGGACAUCAGGGGAAAAAUAUGUUUGGGCAAGCCCCUUUUUUACAGGAUCUACAUAGUAAUGCUACUGCUACAUUUGGAAAUUCCCUGCUGGAAAGUUCCUUACAAGAAAAUCCAUCACUGCAUGAACUUAGCAGAAAGCAAGACCUAGUUGGCUGGCCUGCAGCCUUACAGCAAAAAACAAGGCAGCACAGCUCUUCACAUGAUUUGGUUUCCCUAAAUCCAAUGGAAGAGAAGAUACUUUAUGAUACUGAUGAUAAGGUCUGGAAUGAUUCCUUUAGUAGGCGCAGUGACAUGGAUGCUGGAGGCUUUGGCAGCACUUUGGAACAAAUAGAAACUUUAAAUGCAUUUCCUUCCCUUCAAAGUGGCAGUUGGAGUGCUCUCAUGCAGUCUGCUGUUGUAGAAGCUUCAAGUAGCGAUACUGGGUUGCAGGAAGAGUGGAGUGGACUGACGAUUGAAAAUGCAGAACUCUCGACUGAUAAUCGGACUUCAAACAUCUUGGAUAAUGAUAAGCAACAGAGAGGUUGGGCUGAUAACAACCUGCAGAAUGAAUCGUCAUUGAGCUCUAAAUCCCCGGUAAUGCUCAAUGACUCCAGCGUUAGCUCUAGCUUCCCUGGAUUUCAUCCAACAGGCACUGAGUUCAUGACCAAGCAGAGAGAAGAUAUUUGCCAGGAUGACUCUCAUGAAUCCAUUCGGAAAUCUCCCAAAGACACAAGGGAGUGGUUGGAUUAUAACCCUCAACCCACAUUACCUAAGGAGGGAAGUGGGCAGGCUCAGCGACUUGUGCACUCAUGGGCUGGCCAGAAUAACAAGGUUUCAGAAAAUAAUGCACAUCAGCAAUGUAAAGCAUCAUAUGAGAUUGAUAGAAAACCAAGUACAAAACCUGAAGGUCAUACUAACGAAGCCAUGUACAAUAAAAGGGAUUCGAAUGGAUUUCCAUGGAAGACUAGUCUUGAUAGUGAGCUAACUUCAUUUUUUAGAUCGACUGGAGGGUUUACACAAGUACAAUCUGAUAUGGACAGUACUCUGCUGAGCAAAGAAAGUUCACAUCUGUUCAACUGUUCUGCGGUUUCAGCAUCACGCAUAAUCAAGCCUCAACAGGAAACCAGUCAACAAGUCGCAGAUGGUAAUCAGCUUGAUUACAUGAAACAAGUUAAAAUAUCUAUGAACAAUGAGGAGAAUGAAAACAUAGGAGUGAAACAUUAUCAGAUGGGUAAUAUCUCUAAUGUUAUGCAGAACUCUUACAGUGCUGUUGAAACUUUUAGACAGCAGCAGAACUGCUAUCCAAGGGACAACUCCUAUGACAGUUACAACCCUGAAGGAUUGAAAAUUCACAAACAAGGACAUACAGGGCAGUUCAAGUUCAUGGGUGAUGUUUCUAGCAAUUCCGUUAGCUCGGACAAGGGGCAUUUACCUAAUCUUCUAGUAAACUCAAGAGGUGAUCUUGAUGUAUCUGCUAACUUCCACAGAUCAAUAGGUUCCAGUGGUCCAUUUAUAAAUGCUCAAACAAGUCAAGAUAUGCUUCAGGCUCUUCCCAAGGUUGACCAAUCAAAGGAAAAUGUAGCUGUAUCAUAUUUUGGCUCCACUGGCUACAGUCCCUCAUAUGAGUUGUCUGAGGCUGGAAGUGCUCAAGGAUGCAUUGCUCAAACUUACAACCAGUCUUCUGGUUCUCAAGGUUUUGCUUUGAGGUUGUCUCCUCCAUCUCAACGGGUAGCUAAUCCAAAUGCUCUGUUCUCUCAGGGAUCAUCACAAAAUUUAAGUAAUCUCAAUGUUAGGCAAGGACAUUAUGAUCCAGGAGAGAAAAAUCAGACCCAGUUGAAUCCUCGAUCAUCAUUUCAGUCGUUGCCCACUUCAAAUGAACUGUCUCCAAGAGACAGAUGGGAUGAUAAAUUUAACAUUUCAGAACGCAUGGACAUGGCAUCAUCUCUGUAUUUACAUCAAAGCUCUGUUGCAGCAAUUCCUUCCAUUCCUCCUAUUUCCAAGAAUCAGCUUCAAAUGCGAUUCAUGUCCAAUGGACCUAUAUUUUACCCAUCUCAGGCAACAUUGCAUGAUACAGUCUAUCCAUCUUUUAACCUUUCCUCAUCUCAAGAUACUUCUCAUCAUAUGCACAGUAAGCCUUCCAGUCAACAAUUUCAAGGUUUGGAGGCUGUCACAGCCCACCAGCUUCCUGUUAUAUCCAACAUUCCUCAACAGGGUGGGUUUUCAGUGAUGCCACAGAGUUUGUUGACAAAUACACAUCAGCAUCUCUCUGCUAUGAAAUCUUACAAGGUUCCUUCCAUUGAUCCUUCAAGCAAUAGUGCAGAAACCACUUCAUUGACUCAACAGGAGCUAAAUAAUCAAGGUUCCCAAAAUGCUGAAUAUGACCCAUCAAGAUUAAGCACAUCUUCCAUUAACUCUCAAGGUUCCGUCUUUGAUGAAAACCAGUCAAGGAAAGAGGGGUCCCAGAAGCUUAAAUCAUCUAGGAUGCUUAAAGCUUCGCAGGCAGGUGUUAAGAGUGUCUCAGACAAAGUUACCUUGACCUCUAGUUCUUUGUUGACUCAUUCACACCAGCAAGAUCUGGACGGAUUACAUCAGAGUCAUAAUCAUCCGCCGACUACCUGUGAAAGAAGUCACGACUCCUUUGGUGAUGCAUCUAAACCAUCACAUGGUUUCCAUCAAAACUACUCCUUGCUACACCAAGUACAAGCAAUGAAGAAUGUAGAAACUGGCCAAAGUAGAACAGUUCUAAAUGCUCAACAGCUAACCCUCAUACCAGAACAUCAGUCAGCAUAUGAUCAUAAUGCAACAUAUAAUGGACUGAAUUCUGCAUUACAUAUUAAUUCAUCCUGUGGAGACACCAAAAUGGCUAUCCAAGAUAUACCUUCUCAAGGAAUGGUUGCAUCUCAUCAGAAUAGUUUUCAUAGUCAACCUAAUUCUUGGUUUAAGCAGUAUGGGACUUCAAGAAAUGGGCAGAUGCUGCCAAUAUUUGAAGCAAAGCUUGCUGGUACUGCAGGAGUGCUGUUCUCACUUGUAAAGCCUUCUCAGACUUUUGAUAUUCAUUCUUCUGUGGAAAGACUGAAUGUUGUAGAUGCUAGUCAGAGUGGAGUUUGGCCAAGUACAGCUACAGCUGAUGUUGCAAGUGAACUCUUUUCAGCUUCAAAUGUGCCAUCUUCAGAUGUCACCGACCAAACUGUGGCUAUCCCAAGACCAAAGAAGCGCAAAACUUUGGCAUCUGAGUGUUUACCAUGGCACAAAGAAGUGAAAGGUUCCAAGAGGUCUCAGGAUAUUAGUAUUGCGGAACAAGAGUGGGCACGAGCCUCAAAUCGGCAGAUUGAAAAGCAGAUGGAAGAUGAUGUUGGAAUUAUUGGACUGCCCUUGCUUCAAAAAAAGAGAAGGCUCAUCUUGACAACACAGCUUAUGCAGCAGUUGUUUUGCCCUGCUCCAGCCCCUGUUUUUACUGCAAAUGCUGCAUUGCACUAUGACAGUGUGAUAUGCUAUGUUGCUAGAUUCUUGCUGGGGGACUCGUGCAGCCUGGUCUGUGGUAAAAGAAAUGAUUUGGGUGAACCAAUCAAUGAUAACAUGAUCUUAGAAGAGCUAAACAAUUCUGAGUGCACCGAUGUCCAACAUUUAUCAAAAGCUGUGGAAGAUUUCACCAGUAAAUCAAAGAAACUGGAAAGCUACUUGCUAAGAUUAGACAAGGCCACUUCUAUUUUAGAGUUAAGAAUGGAAUGCCAAGAGUUGGAAAAGGUUUCUAUCAUCAAUCGCUUUGCCAAGUUCCAUGUCCGACCACCUGGUGUCUCUGGGACCACAUCUUCCUCUGGCACAACUACAUUAAACUUGUGCCCUCAGAGAUUCAUCAUUGCACAUCCAAUGCCCGAGAAUGUGCCGGAGGGGGUACAAUGUCUUUCACUGUGAUUAUCAAUUAAUUGAUUCCCUUCCCAAGUGAAUCCUCUUUUCCUUUUUGUUGAUAUACAUGGUGGCAACCAAGAAAGAAGAGGAUUGGAAGAUGGAAUGCAGGCUAAACUCGGCCCAAAGUGACUGAAGCUGCAGUUAAUUUCUGAACAAAGCCACUUGUUGUCAUUUUUGAAAAAGUACAUAUUGUUUUGUAUAUUUUCACGGAAACCAAGGAGAAUAGGUAGUGCCCAAAGUAAGAUUUUCAAAUAGCAAAAGGGUGGUUGGUAUGGAUGUGUCUCUAGAUUCUAGUUUCCUCAAGUUGCUACAUAUUUAGUUUAAUUUAGUAUACCUAAUUAAAUGGAUACAUAGUAGCUGUGGCCAUUUUGUUCCUCUUUUUUCCUGGGUCUACUUUUCACCCCCUUUUCAGGUUCCUUUCCCAUGGAGCCUUGUAGAACAGAGGAGGUGGUGUCUUGAAGGGCAAGCAGUUACUUUGGUUGAAAAUAUUUUAAAAAGGUACAUUUAGUUGUAAUAUUGUUAUGCUAUAUUUUUUUUCCCAAGUCAUAUUGCUAGACUGAUUCCCCCAGAUGCUUUUAAAAAAAAGGUUUCAGAAACUUCUCAUUAGGUUUUUUAUUCGGUUAAUAAUAUCCUCUCCUCUGUCACGUGUACUA